AUGAAGGCUCGUCUAGCCGGGAGUCGUUUCAGAUCGCUCAACGAGACUCUUUACACUUCGGAUGGGGACAAGGCGUUUCAGAUGUUCUCAGAGGACCCCAAUGCGUUCGCACAGUACCACGAGGGAUAUCGGGAGCAGGUGGCGUCCUGGCCAAUCAACCCCCUCCACGUCAUCAUUGACUGGAUCUGCCAGCGCCCAGCCACCCUCACAGUUGCUGACUUUGGCUGCGGCGAGGCGAAGCUAGCAGCCAGUGUGCCCAACAAAGUGACCUCUUCAGACCUGGUGGCUGCUGCAGCGAAUGUAGACUGUGGCGAGGCCAAGCUAGCAGCCAGUUUGCCCAACAAAGUGACCUCUUCAGACCUGGUGGCUGCUGCAGCGAAUGUAGACUGUGGCGAGGCCAAGCUAGCAGCCAGUGUGCCCAACAAAGUGACCUCUUUAGACCUGGUGGCUGCUGCUCCUGGUGUGAUCGCAUGCAACAUGGCUCAUCCCCCCCUACCAGCCUCAUCAGUCCACAUUGCAGUCUUCUGCCUCUCUCUCAUGGGACCAGACUACCCCUCCUUCCAUAAACCACGCGUACCCCCCUACCAGCCUCAUCAGUCCACAUUGCAGUCUUCUGCCUCUCUCAUGGGACCAGACUACCCCUCCUUCCAUAAACCACGCGUGUCUAUUCCUCAUCACCCCCAUUCCGACGUGCCUCCAUCCCCCACCCAGACCCCCCUACCAGCCUCCUCAGUCCACAUUGCAGUCUUCUGCCUCUCUCUGGGACCAGACUACCCCUCCUUCCAUAAACCACGCGUGUCUAUUCCUCAUCACCCCCAUUCCGACAUGCCUCCAUCCCCCACCCAGACCCCCCUACCAGCCUCAUCAGUCCACAUUGCAGUCUUCUGCCUCUCUCUGGGACCAGACUACCCCUCCUUCCAUAAACCACGCGUGUCUAUUCCUCAUCACCCCCAUUCCGACGUGCCUCCAUCCCCCACCCAGACCCCCCUACCAGCCUCCUCAGUCCACAUUGCAGUCUUUUGCCUCUCUCACAUGGGUGCAGGCAGACUACCCCUCCUUCCCGCUUCACACACACCUUAA